UUGGCCUGGGCCCCACAUGAAGUGCUCGCAGAUUUUAGUCCUGUGGGUCUUUUGGGUGCUCAUCUUAUGGCUUAUGGCCCCCUGCCUGGAUCUGACAACUGAAUCAGCACCCCAGGAAAAACAGAAGUGCUUGGUACCAUGGAGUUCCACCUGCCCUUGGUUCAAAUUCAGAAAGUGUGGCUGCCCUUCUGAGACCCUCAACUGCUCCUCCUGCCACCACACAUCUGGAGAAUGCAACUGGUUUGACAUAUGCUACAAGAAGACCAUGGGGUACCUGACGAGGACAAAAGAGUCUAUGGCCUCUGACACUGUACUCUGGUGGUUGGGCAUGAACUCAGGGAGCGAGGUUGGGAAAGUGUGGAAGAAAGUGUUUAGGGUGAUUCGGAUACCCUCAGCAAGCCAUUUUGAUUUCUACUGUGGGACUUGUGCAGUGUUGGGGAGCUCACUGACCCUGCAGGGCUCCAGUCUUGGUGACAAAAUAGACCAGCACCCCAUUGUCUUCAGGAAUGCCAGCAAUCAAGGUUCCUGGAGGCAGCUGCUGUGGCUGCUGCAGCUUCCUGACCUGGCAUGGACUCAAGAGGCUCUGAGUGACGAGGUGAUGGAGUCAUCCUCGGGCAUUCUCAGUGUGGAUUUCAGAAGAUGGCCCAGUUCCCUAGUGGAGGAGAAGACACCAAAGGCAAGGUACAACUGGGGCAACUGA